CUCGGCAUAUUGAGCUGUCAAACUUAGCAAAUCGGUUUAUGUACGCUUACGACUAUUACUUUGUAUUUUCUUACAACAAUUCUAUUUUAUAUGCGCAUUUCAUAAGAAUCCCUAUACCAAUGCGAUAGUGCCUGUAACAAACAAACUCCAUUGAAAAUGCUUAAGGGAAAGGAGCAAUGUUCCUUCGAGGAUGUUUGGCCCCAGAAGCGUCCCAUCGUUUUGAAACUGCUAAAACAGGAAACGGUUACGCAGCAGGAAUGGCAAGAUCUGUUCUACAGUGUUCAUUUGGUGUGUCUAUGGGACGAGAAGGGAUCGGCGAAAAUCUAUGAUUGUUUGCGCGAUGACAUUGUUGAUUUCAUUGUGCAAGCCCAGAAGAGAGUUUUAGUGCAGCGCGAAGACCAGGCGCUUCUGAAGACCUACAUAAUCGAAUGGAGGAAGUUCUUUACGCAGAGCAAUUACCUUCCGCUGCCCUUCCGACAGCUCGAAACCUCCAUGCAAGGCAAGAGCUCCUCCUCGAACCACACGUCAUCAUCGAGCAAUCCGCAAAAGAAACCCGCCAGCGAGGAAAGCAUUGUGCGGAAGCUAAUGUUGGACUCAUGGAAUCAGCACAUCUUCAAGGAGAUCAAGGACCGUCUGCAGGACGCAGCCAUGAAGAUCGUUCAUGCGGAGCGGAACGGAGACGCGUUUGAUUCCCAACUGGUCAUAGGUGUCCGCGAGAGCUACGUGAAUCUCUGCUCGAAUAUAGAUGAUAAGCUAGAAAUUUACAGAGAAAACUUCGAGGCAGCCUACCUAAACGCGACGGCAGCUUUUUACCGCUUGAAAGCGAAUGAACAGCAGCAGCUGAACGGCGUGCAAGUGUUCAUGCGCUACGCGGACACAAAAUUGCGCGAAGAAGAGGCGCGCGCCCAACGGUAUCUGGAGCCCAGCAGCUUUCACCCUCUGGCGCAGUGUUGCGUUAACGUUUUGAUCGGGGACCAUCUCACCACGCUCCUGGCAGAAUGUGCGCCACUAAUAAAAGCAGGCGAGACUGAUCGGUUGAAUCUGAUGUUUAGACUGUUGGACCGCGUUCAAGGCGGGGUAGAACCCAUGCUGCGCGAUCUGGAGAACCACAUCGUGUCCGCUGGACUGGCUGAUAUGCUGUCCGCGGCGGACGUUAUCACCCAAGACUCAGAAAAGUACGUGGAACGCUUGUUGGAACUGUUCCGGCGAUUCAGUACGUUAGUGAAGGAGGCGUUCAACGAUGAUCCUAGAUUUUUAACUGCUAGAGAUAAGGCUUUCAAAACAGUUGUGAACGACACUACAGUGUUUAAGCUCGAAUUGCCCACGGCAAUUACAGCCCGCGGAACAAAAGUUACAACCCCGGAGAGCAAGUGCCCCGAACUGCUGGCCAACUAUUGUGAUAUGCUAUUGCGGCGUACUCCCUUAAGCAAGCGUCUGACGAGCGAACAGAUCGAGUCGCGCCUCAAGGAUGUUUUACUCGUUUUAAAAUACGUAAGCAAUAAAGAUGUUUUCAUGCGUUACCAUAAAGUUCAUUUGACAAGAAGGUUAAUCUUAGACUCAAGUGCAGAUAGCGAAAAAGAGGAAGACAUGGUUGAGUGGCUACGGGAGGUGGGCAUGCCAGCCGACUAUGUGAAUAAACUCGCAAGAAUGUUCCAAGAUAUAAAAGUAAGUGAAGAUCUAAAUGCUCAAUUCCGAUCGUCCACAUCACGUCAUGAUGCAAUCAACAUAAAAAUUUUAAAUGCUGGUGCUUGGGCUCGAUGCUCGGAACGUGUAUCAGUUAGUUUACCAUUAGAAUUAGAAGAUUAUAUUCCCGACGUCGAGGAGUUUUAUAAGAAAAAACAUUCCGGACGAAAACUGCAAUGGUAUCAUCAUAUGAGCAAUGGAACCAUAACAUUUGUUAAUAAUGUUGGACGUUUUGAUUUGGACGUGACAACAUUUCAAAUGGCCGUACUGUUUGCAUGGAAUCAGAGGCCAAUGGAGAAAGUAUCCUAUGAAAAUUUACGCUUGGCAACUGAAUUACCAGACCCUGAACUUAGGCGGACUCUGUGGUCAUUAGUUGCAUUUCCUAAAUUAAAACGACAACUACUUUUAAUGGAUCCAGUGUGUCAAGCGCCGAAAGACUUUGCCGAAAACAGUUUAUUCUGGAUUAAUCAAGAAUUUGCUAUUAUUAAGAAUGGGAAGCCUCAACGCAGAGGGAAGUUCAAUCUUAUCGGUCGUUUGCAAUUAAGCACUGAACGAUCUCAGCAGGAAGAUAACCAAUCCAUCGUCCAGUUGAGAAUAUUGCGAACUCAAGAGGCCAUAAUUAAGAUAAUGAAGAUGAGGAAACGUUUGAAUAAUGCUGCUUUACAGGCUGAACUCAUUGAUAUUCUAAAAAACAUGUUCCUACCAUCGAAGAAAAUGAUCAAAGAGCAACUAGAAUGGCUUAUCGAGCAUAAAUACAUGCGCCGCGAUGAUGAUGAUAUCAACACUUUCAUAUACAUGGCUUAAUCUUCUGAGAUAUCCUUUUCUAUCGGCGAAUUGUUUCGUUUGUAAAUUGAAGACAUAUUAUACUACCAUAAAUUAUCUACACAGAAAAGAACAGGCUUGAUUGCGGUAAUAUACAUAAAAUGAAAGCACAUUGGCAUCAUAGCAAAAUGCAAACUCAGAAGUCACAACGCCAUGUUGCUGUUGAUUUCAUUUUGUUCUCAAAUCGGAAACUGAAGUUAGUUAAAGUGUAAAAAGUCGGCAUAUUUUUAAGCUCCUGCUUUAGCAAAGACCAAAAAAAAAAAAGAAAAACAAAAUGAAGAUUUAUAUUGUACUAUAAAAGGAUGAAAUACAAUGGUAAAUUGUUAAACUCAAGUGUAAACUCUAGCUCCUAUCAUAUUAUUUUUGUUUGCAUGCAUUCUGUUGCUUAGCCUAUGUGCACGUGUCAAUGCGAUAUUCAAUUUAGGCCUGCUCGCUCAUUAAGCGCAUUCGCCGCCUACAUUUUUGAAACUUAUAUCAAGAACAAAACCUGGUCAAAAAGUGAUUUUUCUUAGUUGAUAUUUUCGGGAACUUUAUAUUUAAGACACUUAUAUACAACCAUUUUCGUCAACAACAGUGUGAUGCUAUUGAAAGAAAAAAAAAACAUUUUUAAGGAAAAAGUUCGAUGAAGGAUUUUUUGUUUUUUGUUUUCCUUUCUUCGUGUCUUGGACAGCAAGGCAAACUCUUUGGAUGAACUUAAAGUGUAAUGAUAUUGCUAUUGUUGAUUGAAUAUAAGUUGACCGAAAAAUGAAGUUGUGAAAGAGAAAUUAUAUAAAUAGAAAUUAUUUAGACGUUGUUUGGACUUCGGUCGAAUCUCAGAUAUGUAAACAUUGUAAAAAAUAUUACAAAAAAAAAGGAUGAAAAAGACCCAAAUAAAAUACUGAGUCAUUAUGAGAUUAA